GUCUGGACACUCCCACUCACUCACACCACUUCUUGCGUCAUCCUGCAGCGUGAGGUGAAACUCGCAGGUACAAGAGGUUUUUAGGAGACAAUGAGGAGAGAGUCCAGGAUACGUUCUGCAGAUGAAUGAACUAAACUUGGAGCAUACAACACAGCAUAUGGUGGGCUGUUUGUUGGAAAAAGGAGGAAACGGCACCAAUCACCAUCCAGGAAAACACACGGAUUUUACUUUAUGUUUACCAGUGAGAAACAGAUACUGCAGCGGCUGGCUGUCCUGGUGGUAUGCCAUGGCUUUGCAGCUGGCCAGACUACCUCGCAAUAUUACGUGGUCCAAACACCCAUGUCCUGGGUGCAGGCCCGGGACUUCUGCCAGAGGCACUAUGUGGACCUGGCGGUUCUGAGCUCAGAGAAGCAGUACUUUGCUCUCCUCAAUGCAUUUCCUGCAAACAAAGACACCUACUGGCUCGGCCUGACACGGCAGAACAUCUCCAGCAACUGGAUGUGGGUCAACGGGGAGGAACUGGCCUACGAACACUGGUACAGGAAGAACUACAGGGGCCGCUGUGCAAGUUUGGAGGCUAGGAUGGAGAAGGACGAGAAGCUGCUGGCUCGAUACUGCGAGGAGGUUCACAUGACUGUCUGUCAGGGUCCAGUUUCUCCACAGACAGUGACAGUGGACUCUGUAGGUGACGAUUAUGUGAGCAUUAGUUGGACCGUCUCCACAUUCAUGCUGACGACCCCGCACAAUUACAACGUGACCAUAUGCUCCCACAAAUGUGAGACGCUCUUUUACUCCUACACCGCUGGCUCCUCAGUCAUGAACAUCAGCAUCUCCAACCUAACGUCACUCACGGAGUACUUCAUCGAGAUUUCUGCUUUUGUUUUACGGCCAAAUAUCGCAACUGGGGAAAAUGUCACCCUUCAAAAUAAUUCUGCAACUUUGCAAGUUAAAACAGACUCUGAAGUGCACAAAAUCCUCAUCAUCAUUGUGAAGAUGUUCAAACUUGUGUUUUUGGCUCCUCUAGUGUGGAUUCUUUAUCGUAUACUGAAAAAAGAUGACUUCAUUGAAGAGGCUACUGAAGUCUCACCGCUGGAGCUCCUAGUUGAAGACACUUUGUCAACCAGACACAUCAGGACAAACAGGGGAUUUGGCUAGAACCACAUUUUAGCCAAAUCACAUAUCACAUUCCGUAUAUUUUAGAUUCACUGGUGCAGGCGUGUAGAGAAUACAGUGAAAGUUAUUUACAAUAUUGUACAAACCAGUUAGACAAUUUAUUUAAACAAAUACACAUAAAGUAUAACACCAUUCCUAACCUGAUAAAACAAAGGAGAAAAAGAUCCACCUUGAAAGUUUGACUUUAAUUAAUUUUCAUGUCUUUCACUUCUGCUCCAUUACAAUAUUUUCACCGACAGUCCGUAAUGUUUUAUCCCGUAAUCAUCAAGUCAUCAAAAAGAAAUCUUUAUUGUUAAAUAAUUUUGAUGGGUUCCUGCUUACGUUGAUCAUUUUAUGAGUCAUUUGAUACCAUAAAAUGACACAGGAAGGUAACUGUAAACCGCAGGCAAGCUGCCUGCAAUAGUAUUUUCACUCACAUUUGAAUGCAGAAAGAAAUAAGUCAUGAGACCGGCAGGCAAACUACGUUACAAAAUCAGUUUCAACUAGAUUUAAAACUGAUAUUUUAUAAAAUGAUUAUUAGUAUUUUUACCCUACUUUUCAACAGCCAUAAUGCUAACCUAGUGGAGACUGUGAGACAAACCAUAUCUCAGCAAAAUGUGAAAGUUACCAAGAAAAUGCAGUUUAUUCAUGUGCAGACAAAAUAUUUUUUCCUCUUUUUUUCCUUUUCUUGUGCAGAGGAAUUCAGUCUAAAUCAAUCAUUUUGUAAUGUUGAUUUAAAUAACUGGUUCUCACUUUUAACAGGUGAUAAAGUGCAUAUUUGGAGGUUAGGAUGCAGACCUUCGGUCCACUUUCACCUAAACCUGUGAUAACGUUAAGGCAAUGACAAUGACAUGUAUGUGGUUAAGAUUACACUAAAUGUUGCAUUGUUAAGUCUCGGAAACGGUCGUGGCUUUGAGUCAUUACUUUGAGCAUUAAGCUGCAGCAUUUAGUUAAUCACACCCCUCUGUUCAGUGGUGGGGUGAAUUAAAAACAAAAUUACAUCAUAUUUCGUAUGUUAAAGGUGUAAAAUUAGAGGUUCAUUGUACUUGUGAAGUAUCACUUGUUAUCAGAACCAAUGGAGAUAUGACUUCUGCUCACUGAGCCUCAGCAGCCCGAUCAAGAAUGAUAGCAGACGGAGUAGCAGUGUCAGGGUUAUUUGAGUCCAAUCAGGUAACAUUUUUCUAGUUUUCAAAUAUAUUUAAUGAAACGUUGGUACAAACCGCACAGCAGAAAUACAACAUUAAAAAGAAGUGCUAUAACUGAGAAGUAGAUUUCAGAAAUAUGCAGCUUUAACUGAGAGCUUUAGCUUUACUUGUGGCUGAGGCCCAAAAUACACUGAAACAGGUCCAUGAUCCGUUUUUGGGUCCCUAUCCGCCAGGUGAGAACCGUUGAUCUAUUGGAUUUCUGUUAUUUCAUUCGUUAUUUUUCACUAAAACUGCAGAGGGCGUGUCUCACAUUCUCUAGUCUGGGAUUAUGUGUCAUUUAGUAACUCACUACAUAAGCUAAUGUGUUGCCAUGGAGAUGUGCAGUGCAGAAUAACCUUAAUGAAUGUAGUCUGUUUCGUAUUGUUUUGUACUUCAUUCAUGUUAUCCACAUGUACGUUGAUGAACAGAAGUUUUAUUGUUAAUCCGUAGUUAAUAGAACUAAUGUGUUUGCACUUUAAGUGACUGCAGCUGAGAAUGAAGCCGUCAUUGUUUUCAUGCGACGGCUGAAUCAGCUGCAAGAUGAAACUACUACAUUUUGGCUUCUGUGUUAUUUCUGUUAUUGACAUUAUACACAGGGAUUAUGAAUCUUUCUACCCUUUUCGGAGUUGGUUAAAGAGAGGUGAAUCUGACUGAAAUCUGAGGAAGUAUUAGUUAUGCCAUAAGGGUUUAGUUUAUCAAAGUAUUUUGGCAUUAUUUUCAGUUGCAUUGUGUUUUUUUUAAUAUUGUUUUUCACAAUUUAUUUUUUCUAUAGUUUUUUAUUUUUAUUUAUUUAUUUUACUUUAUUUAUUUAAGAGACAGAAUUAUAAAAGUCCCGUUUUGGAUAUUUUGCCAAAUGUUGACUAUAUUAGACAAAAUGCAUAAGCUGCUGGAAAGUUUUAGUAGAAUCAGUUGAUAAUUUCUACCUCGAGUUAAAUGUAGUGAGUUUUGUUGUCAAUUGAAUGUUUUAGACCCACAGCAAAAUGUUAUCAUUUCAGAGGGAAGAUAUUGAUAAAAGUCUAACUAACAGUAAAAUAUGGCUCACUACACCUAAAAUACUGACUAUUCAGGUAAUGGAUGUUGCACACAGAAAAACUGAUCACCUAUCUUGUAGUUCUACUAUGCUUUUCCUUAUUUCCUACUUUAAACUGUCGGAUGUUAAAAUUAAAAGGAGGCUAAAACCUCAUCCGUCCAGGACAAUCGUAAAACUAAAGUCUGUGAGCUGAGAGCUGGAUGUUCAGACCGCUCUAAAAUCUUGUUUGUAGCAUGUUUUUCUUGUGACUAAGUUCAUGGCCCCCAAAGAACCAACAAUGCAAAUGCUAACGUGUAUCUAUGGCUGUAACAACAACAAUAACGCCAAUAAAAUGUCUAUUAAAAUUGUUGGUUUGAUGCUGAAUCUUUCCAGGAUUCAAUUCCGACUCACGCGCACACACGGUGGAAUGUCUCAUAGGCGAUGGAGUGCUUGGAGCUGAGACUCAGACCGCCCGGCAACAAAAAAUACUAUUUUCUGAUUUACCAAGAGGACAUGAUGGGAGGUGACUCAACUGCGCAUGCUCUAUGGGCCCCACAACGCGGAAGUAAACCCGGAAGUCAGGAACUUUUUUCGGCGUAUGCGCCAGACGAGCAACUUCCAUUGAAAUGAACGGCGGCCAUUUUCCUGUCCGGUAUCCAGUUAAUUUUAUACAUCCAUGGUCAGGGCUCUCAAGCUUUGAAGCUUUCUUGAAGCUGAAACUCAGACCUUACCCGGCAACAAAGACAUUUAUAUUUUCUGAUUGGCUGAGAGAUUAAUUUCAGAUCAGAUUCAGAUGUCUCACACACACACACACACACACACACGCACACACACACACACACACACACACACACACACACACACACACACACACACACACACACACACACACACACACACACACACACACACACACACACACACACACACACACACACACACACACACAGCACUGUCAUUUAUAAAUCAAACACCCCAAAAGUCAAACACCUAUAUAAAGAUAAAUAGAUAAAAAUGUGAAAAUAAAGAUAAAGAUAGAAAUAAAAGGUAGAAACAAAACAAAAUAACUAAAUAAAAUAAAAAUAAAAAGUGCAGUGCCAUAAAAAGAAUUAUAUGAAUAGAAAAAGUGUUCCUGUGAGUGUAAUAUUUCACAUUAUUGCACAGUCCUGGUUAUUGCACACUGACUGACCCCCCACAUUCCCUCUUAUAGGUUGGUAACUCAUGACAGCUGCUCUGAGCUGAGAGCUCAGGACACAGUGGGUAGUCUGCCUUUGACUCGUUUGUAAAUUGGGCUGGUGCAAUUACUGUGCGGUGAAGUUAAUUUCUCAGCAUGAGAAAUGCCAUGUUGGCGUGAGAGUGUGUGAACGUAGCCCCUUUUUGUUCACCAUAAUCCACCAGCGAGGAAUCUCCUCCUCAUUUCUGUAUCCUCUUGUUGACAAGUGCAAAUAUAUGCCUUCAAGCAAGGCGAUUAGGAAUAAUGGAACUGACACUUGAAGUCUGGCUUUUUUGAAGAUUAGCAAUGACUCAUCAUGAGAAUCAGAAUACGUUUCAGAAUCAGAAUAAGUUUCAGAAUCAGAAUCAGAAUAAGUUUCAGAAUCAGAAUAAGUUUAUUGCCAUGUUUGUUGAACACACACAAGGAAUUUGUUAUGGUGAUUAAUGCAGUACAAAGAGCAAAUAUAUAAUGAAAAGAGAGAAUGUACAACGUGAGAGAAAAUGUACAACAUGAGAUUUUAAAGUGCCGGUGUGGCAGGGUGGAGGAGAUGCAGCCACUCAGGUGAUGGGUCACAGGUGUGGCCCAUCAACCUCUCCACCCUGCCAGCCUUGACAAGGCGAGUCUGAGACUGAGAAGGGGCUGAUCUGGCUGAUGCUGUGGGAGAAGGUGCUUGUGCACGUGUG